AUGACUGGCACUAUUUUUGUAACAAAGUUGGUUGCCUUUGUAUCAGGUGUAUCAGCACUGGUGGCACCGGGCUCACUACAUGGCAUCUCUGCUCGAACGGGCGUGCAUGCAUCUCCAACCAGCUUGGAGAUAAACAAGCCCAAUAUCACAUCGAAAUGGAUCGAUGGCAGCAACCUUGUCCAGAUUAUUGAGGUAUACAUCAAUAACACGGACCCAAAGAACUAUUUGACAGAGGCAGAUGAUUUGUCUGUCACAGUCCAAUCCCAGUUUCUGGACACUGUUGUCCCUGGAACACUUAAGCGUCUUGGCCCAAGGCAGGCUGGUAUUGUUCAAAUCGGCGUCAAGAAUAAGCGCAACAUACGUCCCGGCACUCAAUGUACUGGCAAAGUUGUUGCUAAAUACGGCAGCGGGAAGAACCGCAAGCAAGCUACCCAAGCAACUUCUGGAACUUGCGGCUUCGCAGACUUCGUGGCCACGGAAAAGAGUGUCAAUUCUCAUGUAGCUCCAGACUGGUUCAAUGACCUCAAGUACGGCAUAUUCAUUCACUGGGGCCCAUAUUCUGUGCCAGCUUAUGGAAGUGUUGGUGCCAAUGAAAAUUAUGCUGAGUGGUAUUGGAAAUGGAUGCAGGACCCGAAUGACAAGACUCAAACCUAUCAGUAUCACUUGAAGACAUAUGGCAAGGAGGUCAACUAUGAUGACUUCUUUGCGAACUUUAGUGACAAGGGUUUCAAUCCCAGAGAAUGGGUGGACUUGUUUUCUGAUGCGGGAGCCCAGUAUUUCGUCCCUACGACGAAACAUCAUGACGGAUUUGCCUUGUUCAACUUCUCGACUGCGAUAAGCAAACGAUCAUCAAUUCACUAUGGCCCCAAGAGAGACAUCAUCAAGGAUCUUUUUGCUGCUGCCAAAAAGUAUCAGCCCCAACUCAGACUGGGCACCUACUUUAGUAUGCCGGAGUGGUUCAACCCAGCGUUUAAAAAGUAUGGAUUUAGUGCAUGGCCCGGCGGCCCAGCACAUAAUCCGUACACAGGAGAAGAGCUCCCUUACACUGGAUUUGUAGAAGUGGAAGACUUUGUCAAGGACAUUCAGCUGCCUCAGAUGAGAACCUUGGCCAACGAAUACGGCAUUGACAUCAUGUGGUGUGAUAUUACGACUAAAGGGAACAAUGCCACCAUUUUCACCUCCGAAUGGAUGAAUUCAGCCCGCAAGAGCAAGCGACAAGUAACAUUUAACGAUCGUUGCGGGAUACCGGGAGAUUUCAGUACCCCUGAAUAUGAGACUAAUGAGGAUACUGUAACUCACAAAUGGGAGGCCAGUCGAGGCAUGGAUCCGCACUCAUACGGCUACAACGCGCAAACACCUGAUUCCGCAUAUCUCACAGGCGGGGAGAUCGUGAAGACUUUGGUUGACAUGGUGAGCAAGAAUGGCAAUUUCCUUCUUGAUAUUGGACCUACGGGCAACGGGUCCAUUCCGCAAAUCAUGCAGACGAACCUGCGAGACGCCGGAAAAUGGAUUAAAUCUCAUGGAGAGAGCAUUUUCAAGACUCGUUUCUGGACAGUCAAGCCUGGAAGUGAUCCAUUCCGCUAUACCACGGCAAAAGAUGCCUUUUACAUUCAUCACAUUGGUAAACCGCCAAGCAGCUUGGCUGUCAAAGACCCUGUUCCUUACUUGCCUGGUGAUAAAGUUACCGUGGUAGGUGGAAAACAGAAUGGAAAAAAGGUCCCGGUUUCGUGGGACGGUGUUGGAUCACUCAAGCUUAGUCUGGGAGAUGAUGUUAUUUCUGGAGAUGAGUACGUUUGGACGUUCAAGAUCCAGUAUGCGUAG